AUGCGAGUCUCGUCCGCGGCCGGCGGGUCUCGCGCAUGCUUGCUGCGCGCAGGCUCCUCCCGGCUCGCGGGCCCCGGCGGGGGGGCCAUUCUGCUGAUUCUGUACUCCAGAGCGGCCGCCUUUGGGGCGGGUGCCUCCGCCGCGCCGGGGCCGUCCUGCUGGCGGCUGCCGGGCUUCUCCGGAGCAGGGCCGCCCCGGCGGAGAUGCGAUCAGUCCUCGGGCCCGGGCUCGGCCCCGGUGGCCGGCCCGGAUUCCGGGGGAAUGCGCCCCUGCCGGCGGCGCCAUCCGGCCCCGGCCCCCGGGCCCCCCUCGCGGCUCGCGCGCCCCCCCCAGGCCGCCGGGCAGUAUCCGGCACACGCGCCGGCCCACUACCACCUGUCCGCGGCUGCUCCCCACCAGCCACAGCAUACCCAGCACCAGCACCAGUCGCAGGUCCCCUUCGGUAAUCACGACCCCCGGCCGGUUGGCCUCCGCCCCGGAGGGGCGGCCGACACUCGUCGGGGCUACCUGACACCGCAUCGACGCAUGGCCCGCGGCCUGGGCAAGCUCGGGCCCCGCCAGCACUAG